UUAGUGCUUUAGUUUAUUCUCUCUCUCUUUGUGCUUGAUUCUAUCAAGGGUUUUUGCAUCAGUUCUAUGUUCUCUCAGCUGAGAUCACUUCUGGGUUCUUACUCUUAUUAAUUCAGCUUAAAUUGUUAAAGGGUUUCUUUCUUUCUUUCUUUACUGAUUCCUUGUGCAAUUUGAAUCUAAUUCUCUCUUCUCACAAGCUUCUCCUCCUCCUCUUUCUCUCUUACUCUCUCUCAUAUAGUGAGCAUAUUAGGUUAUAGAAAGAAAGAGGUAGCUAGCCCCUGGUUUAUUGUUGAUGAACUAUGGGUUGGGAUUGACUCUUUUUAUCUCAAAUUCUCUUACAAAACAUAGAGUAGUACAAAGUAGCUAGCAAUCCCAUAUCUUGGUUCACCCUUUACAAAAAGAUCACGACCAAUUUGAUUAUAGGGUCCUCUUCUUUCUUACCUUUUUAUAAUUUGUUUCCUCAAAUUGCAAGUAUGUCUAACAAUCCGUGGUGGGCCGGUCAGGUAGGGCUGCCGGGCAUGGACCCAGCUGCGAAUUCUUCUAUGGCAACAAAACGCCACAGCGAGAUUUCCAUGAACGAAAGCAGCGGCAGAAGUAGUGGUGGAAGUGAUGAUAGAGACAACGGGGACGAGCCUAAAGAAGGCGCGGUCGAGGUUGGUACUCGUAGACCAAGGGGCCGUCCUCCUGGAUCUAAAAAUAAACCCAAACCACCAAUCUUUGUCACUCGUGAUAGCCCAAAUGCCCUCAAGAGCCAUGUCAUGGAGGUAGCUGGUAAUGCUGAUAUUGCCGAAAGCAUAGCCCAAUUCGCUAGAAGGCGUCAACGCGGCGUUUGUGUACUUAGCGGUAGUGGCUCUGUCGCCAACGUGACACUCAGACAACCUGCUGCGCCUGGCGCUGUAGUAGCACUUCACGGCAGGUUUGAGAUUCUGUCUUUGACUGGAGCUUUCCUUCCUGGACCUGCCCCUCCCGGCUCAACCGGGCUCACGGUGUACUUAGCAGGCGGUCAAGGGCAAGUUGUGGGAGGAAGUGUUGUAGGGUCACUAGUUGCAGCUGGACCAGUUAUGGUGAUUGCUGCAACUUUUGCCAAUGCUACUUAUGAAAGAUUGCCUCUUGAAGAUGAUGAUGAGGCAGGCAGUGGGGGUCAUCAAGGCCCCGGAGGAGGGGGGGGAAGUGGAUCGCCACCCGGAAUUGGAAGCAGUGGGGGACAGAUGCAGCCCAACCAGUUGCCUGAUCCUUCAUCCCUGCCUGUUUAUAAUCUCACACCAAAUCUACUUCCCAAUGGGGCACAGCUUGGUCAUGAUGCUUUUGGUUGGGCUCAUACAAGGCCUCCUUACUAGUAGAAGAUUUUUAUCAAUCUUCUAGUCUGUUGAAUUUGGAUAUCAAUGUUAGGGAAUGAAAAAGAUAUAGGAAGAAAGAUGUGUGAAGAAGAGCAACCAUGGUGUUCUCAAAUCUCAAUGUAUAUUAGGCUAAUUAGUCUUGGAUCCUUUAUGUUACUUAAUUUGCAAUAAAAAAUAUGAUUGGCGUC